AUGACCACAGCGGCACUCAAGACUGUCGCGGAGGAGAAGGACACAGACCUGCCCCGCGGACUCGUGAAGAAGAUUGUCAAGAACAAAGUCAAUCAGACUUUGGCCUCGUCUGGAUCCGGAGAACCCUUGAAGGACAUCCAGAUCAACAAGGACGCCUUGCUUGCUUUCUCUGAGAGCGCCAAGGUAUUCGUCAGCUACCUCACAUCAGCUGCAAACGAUAUCUGCAAGGAAGCCAAACGCCAAACUAUCAGCGCCGAGGAUGUCUUCACGGCCCUUCAAGAUCUAGACUUUGGAGAGCUUGUGCCCCCCACAAAAGACGCCCUUGAAGCUUUCCGCCAGGAGAGCAAAGAAAAGACCAAGCGCAAGGCAGAGCAGGUCAAGAAGAGGAAGGCAGAGGAGGCAGUGCGGCACCACCCAUACGAGGGCGCUGACCAGGUCGUUGGAGAGGGUCCCCAGGAAGGCUUGCCUGCUGACAGUGGCAACCCUGCAGAGCCAGUAGAGCCCUACGCACAGCAGCCGCAGGCCCAGGCUCCCUACAUUGCCAAGGCCCACCCUGCCUUCUCAGAGCCCCAGAAGCUGCCCCAGCCAACCGCCACCCAAUACCAGCAGGCCGCCGCUCUCCCGGUGCAGCAGCAGCAGGGAGGAAGCUACCAGCCGGCCUUUAACCAGGCCAACCCCUUUGGACCGGCCUUCGCACAGGCGUCCCAGUUUGCAGCAGCGCUCGCGCAGGCGCAGGCAGCACAGGCCGCGCAAGCUCAGGCCCAGGCACACGCCCAAGCCCAGGCCAGCCAGCUGCUGCCCAGCCACUUCCCGGCUGCACAGCUGCAGAACCCCACCUUCGCUCAGCUUGCAUCUUCCCAGGCACGCUGCGCCUGCCUCUGCUUCACGGUGCCGGGGCAUCUGAACCAGGCCAACUACGCGCAAUUCGCGGCCGUGAUCGCGCAGCAGGCGGCCAGGCAGCGCCAGGCGCAGGAGGCGCAGCUCGCCCAGCAACAGGGGAACCCACAGGCACAUUUCUUCCAACAGGCGCCCGCCCAGCAGCUGUUUCAACAAACACAGGUGCAGCAACCACAGCCACAGCAGCCGCACCAGGAGGCUGCCACCGAAGCAACGCAGCCACUCACAGAGACAGCGCCGACGGCCGAGAGCGGCCUCCACAACUGCAUAAGCUGGAGGCCAGGCAGCUCCUGGGUGGCUCUGCAGUGUGAUACAGCCAAGCUAGUGGUGCUGGACAUUGGCAACCCAGACAAGAGGGCCUCUGAGGUGCAGCGGCUGUGCUGGAAGAAGGUGUUGGAAAUCAUUGCAUGUGCCUGGAGUGAGAAUGGAGAGUAUCUCCUCACGGCGCAUGCUGCUACAAACGGUGCUCUUUUUAUGUACAAGGAUGUGUGCAUCAGCAUGGCUUACGGCGAUCCAGCCCAUCUGAGGAUAGCCGUCGCUGGCAGCCCUGGCGUGAUCCUGUACAGUGCAUCCAUUUCCAAGGAGAGUGGGCGGUGGGAGGCGCGGCAGGAGGGACGCCUGUGUCACCUCUGGCCCGUGUGCGCGGUGCGGUUCGGCCCUGGCGGCCGGCACUUGGCGGCGGCCGGUUUGGGCGGCCAGCUGUGCAUCUGGGACAUGUCCUCAGCGGACGGCAGCGCCACACUAGAGCUGCAGGUGCAAGUGCCGGCAGAGCGAGUCACGAGCAUGGCCUUCUCCCCAAAUGGCAGCGCACUUGCCGUGGCCUGCUGGGGCGGCGCACUCUUCCUCUACCUGCAGCAGGACAGCCCCCUGGACGCCUCCCUGCCAACAGCCUUCCACGCUGCAGCGCAGCAGGAACCUGGUGAAGGCGCAUCUGCAGGGGGGAUUAGGCAUGAUGCAUCAAGGGAGGCGCAGGAAGGGACGGCGGCGCUCACCGGUGCAGCGCCUGGCUUGAGGGUGGGGGUUGGAGGCGCACCUGCAGGGGGGUUUACCCAAGAUGGAAUAGUGGAGGGGCAAAAAGGGGCUGAUGCGCUUGAGGUAGCUGGUGGGAAGGAUGAGGGGGCUGGAGGCGCACCUGCAGGGGAAAUUACAUAUGAUGGAACAGCGGAGGGGCAGGAAGGGGCUGACGAGCUUGAGGAAGCUGGUGGGAAGGAGGUGGGGGCUGAAGGGAUCGCUGCGGCGUAUGAGUCGCGGCUGGCGGCGAUCGACCACGGCGCGGACGGCCGCGGCGGCUGGCGGCCGGCGCCGGCCUCUCUCCCGGGGCAGCCCGUGAAGCCGGACGCCACCGGGCCGACGCUGCUCGAGUGGCUGGGGGAUGACAGUAUCCUGCUGACUCAUCCGUCGACGGCGCUCGUGCUCGUCAAGGUGGAGAAGGGUGGCCUGGUGCCCAUGAGAUUCCGGCAGACUGCUGGGAAGGAGCAGCAUUCAAGCCCCAAGGCGAGUGGCAGCGCUGAUGCAUCACAAUUGGAGGCAUCAGGGAGGGCUAGUGACGCCAGCUCUGACGAGGAAACUGGUUUGGAGGAGCAGAGCAAUGCUCUGAAGGGACUGGCAGUGAUGCAUGUGGCGGGGCAGCAUGUUGUGGUGUGCUAUGAUAGAACGCGCUCACUGCACGUAUUCUCUCAGAAUGUUAAUAGGCUGGCAGGUGUGCCUGAGACUGUGUGA